CCUCGUAAGAUUUCUUUAUAUGGUCACCCAUUUGCAUCAAUAGUAAGUGAGGUGAUCAAUAUUAAAGACCCUGAAUAGUCUUUAGCUGUGUUGUUACUUUCACUUUUACUUUCUUAGUUUGUGUCAGUGAAUCAAUAUGUAUAAACUUAAGCAAUACUUACUUUUCCUGCUUUUUGUGGCCACCAUAGCCACGAUAAAAGCAGCUACCACCAGUCCAGCUACCACCAGUACCACCAAAAGCAGGUACCACAGUACCACUAGCACAACAGAAAGACCUGCGAUAUCAGACGAAACUUUAGAUGCUACGUUGAAUGACAAGAGAUAUCUCUUAAGGCAGUUGAAGUGUGCCAUUGGUGAAGCUCCAUGUGAUUCUGUUGGUCGUAGAUUAAAAAGUUUGGCACCUUUGGUUCUACAAGGUUCAUGUACCCAAUGUACACCUCAAGAACAGAGACAGAUCCGGAAAGUUUUAGGAUAUAUGCAGGUCAACUUUCCCAAAGAAUGGAAUAAAAUUUUAAGACAAUACUCUGGUUGAUGAAACGCAACCAAAUUUUAGUAUUCUAAACAGUCCCAAAGAACAGAAAAAUCUUUUAUUUUACAGUAUUUUUGUAGUGUCUCUUUGUUAAAAAAUUUAAUGUACAUAAUUUAGAAUCAGACUUUGUUCUAGGUGCAUGAUAAAAAAUGUAAAUUAAAAAACUAGAUAUUAGAUAAUGUAUAAACAUUCUCAAUUUCUUUGCAAAACGAAAAUGCAGCAGCUGCAUAAUACUCUGGUUAAAGCGGAGAGUGCAGGAAGAGUCUAUACCGGUUUCGGAGAUCUUUUCCCCUCAUCAGUAAACCCAUAUCCUCUUCUCUCCGCUUUAACCAUUUACCAUAGCUUGGGCCUUCCCGAAUUGCAAAGAAACCAACCUUCGGUUGCCUUCCAACCGCAUGAAAAAAAUUGUUAAAAAGAAAUUGUAGGAAAUUUUAUGUUGAACAAUUUUAGUUGAAAAUGGCGUAGAUAUUGAACAAAAACAAUUGCUAUAAAAUCAAUCCGGUCUUACGCUCGCGCCAUUACCGCAUACGUACUACCUUUAAUAUUAAUUUUAGCAAAAAAAUUAAACAGAUCAAAAUUGUGUAGAAUUUAAUUCUCUUCAUUUUUGUAUAGGUACACAUUUGUUGUAAAACUAAUAAUAAACGAGAUAAUUCAAUAA